ACAGAAACAAAACAAAAAAGCCAAUAAGCACAAAGUUGAGCUUGACGUACGUACUUGGCUACGCAGAGCGUCCCCGCCGGCAAUGGAGGUCCACGUCCUGAGCUCCAAGCUCGUCAAGCCCGCGUCCACCAAGCUGGCCGCCGGCGCCCCCGAGUACAUCCCUCUCUCUGUCUUUGACAAGGUGACGUACCAAAUGCAUAUGGCCAUGAUCUUUGCCUUUGCGGCGCCGGCGCCGGCGCCCACCGCGGCCGCUCUAGAGAAGGGCCUAGCUGUUGCCCUUUCGGAGUACCGCACCUUGGCGGGGCAGCUGGUCCGCAACCGCAGCGAGGGGCCGGUGGUGCUGCUCAAUGACCGGGGUGCCCGUGUGGUGGAGGCGUGCGUGGACGCCGACAUGGUGGAUGUGGAUGUGGCCCUGCCCAAUCCCAAGCCGGAGCUGCUGCAGCUGCUUCCGGACCUCGAGGAGGAAGCUAUCAAGGAGGUGGUGGUGCUGCAGCUCACGCGGUUCAGGUGCGGCUCCCUCGCGGUGGGGUUCGCCCGCAACCACGCCGUCGCCGACGGGCGCGCCACCAGCAACUUCCUCGUCGCGUGGGGACGUGCCACCAGGGGUCUCACUAUGGGUCUCCCGCCCAUGUACAAGUACAACCACCUCGACCUAUUCCAGCCACGCCCCUCUCACUGCAUCCACGAGUUCGAGUUCGACCACCGCAAUCGCGAGUACUACCUUCCACCACCGCCGGCGCCGGCGCCCACAGCGACCGCCGGCGACAAGAAGGUGAUCGUUGUACACAAGGCGCACUUCAGCAAGGACUGGAUCGCCGGCCUUCGCGACACCACCUCACAAGGGCGGGACCGCCCGUUUACCCGAUUCGAAACUAUUCUCGCCCAGCUGUGGCGCGCCAUGACACGGGCGCGGGGACUCUCACAGGACGACAUCUCCACGGUGCGUAUCUCAGUGGACGGCCGCAGCCGCCUCGGCAUGCCAGCGGAGUAUGCCAGCAACCUAGUCCUCUGGGCUUUCCCGCGCGCUAGGGUGUCCGACCUGCUGGGACAACCGCUGAGUCACGCCGCGCAGCUCAUCCACGACGAGGUGGCUAGGGUGGCGGACCCGGCCUACUUCCGGUCGUUUGUGGACUUUGCCACCUCCGGCCUUGUCGAGCAGGAAGGACUUGCGCCGAGCUCCGAGAUCAACAUGAGGGACGUGCUGUGCCCCGACUUGGAGGUGCACAGCUGGCUCACCUUUCAGUUCUACGACAUGGACUUCGGCACGGGCACCCCAACGUACGUCAUGCCGUCCUACAUCCCGGCGGAAGGGCUUAUCUUCCUUGCGCCGUCCUACAUCGGGGACGGCAGCAUCGACGCCUUCGUGCCUGUCUUCCAAGACAACCUCGAGGCCUUCAAGCAGUGUCUCUACUCCAUCGAUCACCAUGACAAAGAGUAGCGAGAGCGAGCCAGGGACGCAUGCAGGACAUGAAUAAAUGAUGCAUCCUCGGAUAAAACAGCCCAUCCAAGAUGGUUUCCUUGUGUGUGUGUUUUUCUUUUUGCCUGAGAAUUUCUUAAGAAUAAACCGAGUUUAAUCUCUA